AUGGCUGUUCCACAUAAUGAUUCAGCAUCAGUCAUAGCUUAUUUCCUCCACAGUAAGCUAGUGUCAAAGAAUAGUUAUCUGUUCUACGAGUAUCACCUCGAAUAUUCAUACGUUGAAAAUCAUCGCAAAGGCAUCAGUCAAAGAAUACUAAAACAAACAGUUGACCAACAAGGACUGGUUGUGCAGUGCGAUUGCAAUACAAGAAAGAAAAUGGCAUCAUUCAACUUGGACACCGAUUGCACGUCCGGCGUGAUCGGUCAGAAACUGAACCACUACCGGUGGACUCUAUUCCUGAGCGACAUCAGCCAAAACGGGAGAGUAGUGUCGCCGGUGUUCAAGGACCCUUGUCUGGGCUACAAGUGGCAGCUCCAACUGACCACCCAAUCGUUCCCGUUUGCACAGUCGUCCGAAAAAACGGGGUACGACCAGAUAUUGCAUUGUAAUUUGAAAAACGAGGAAAAAAUCGAGGGCGACGUGGAAGUGCGGUUCCUCAACAACACGGGCACGCGGAGCUUCCAAUUCUCACGGACCGAAUGGUCGAGCGAGUCCACGAUGCUGGAGUGCGAUUGCUUCGACACGAGGGCCGGGCCACAGGUGUUCAUGGUGGAGUUUUGGUUCCACAAGGUCGACGUUUAUCUGACGACGGAUGUCGAGGAGGACGACGAUUCGGGAAGCGACUGGGAGGAGUUGGACGAGCACCCGAAGAAGUACGCUCUGUUGCGGCAAAAAGCCAAGGCGUUCGACGACUACAAGAUGCUCCUGAACAACGAGCAGUUCAGCGACGUGGUUGUCGUGGCUGGUGGUAAAAUGUUGUACGCCCACCGGUGCGUCCUGGCGGUGAAGAGUCCGGUGUUCGCCAGCAUGUUCCGCUCUUUGAUGGUGGAGCAGAAGACGAGCACCAUCCACGUCGAUGACAUUGAGUACGAAACUCUGCGGGAAAUGCUGCGGUUCAUGUACACCGGGGAGGUCAAGGGUUUGGGUGACGUGGCCGUUGACCUUUUGUACGCGGCGGACAAGUACCAGAUCGAGCAGCUGAAAAAGAUGUGUGUGGACAAACUCGUGAAAAAAGUGAGCGCCGACAAUGUUGUCGAGUACAUGAUCCUCGCGGAUAGACACAACGUCGACAGGUUGAGGCACAGGGCUCUUCGGUUUAUCGCGACUAAUGCGAAGAAUAUCAUCAAUAAGCCGGAUUUUGUUGAUUUAAUGUCGACCCAGCAUCCGAUUUUAUUUGAUAUUUUCAAGGCAGUGGUCUCCCAAUUCUUGUUCGAGACACCUCAUAAGCAACCAGUAUUAUACACACUCAUGUCUAACAGUGGAGCAAGCAACAUGACUGCACGUACGUGUGCAGGUGAAAUAGAAAAAAAACAGUCGUCGUACCAUUGGAAAGUAGACAAUUUCGUCAAGUUAAUUAAAGAUGGUCCAAUACUUUCGCCCACGUUUAAAAUGGGUACAUGCGACUCUGCUCGUUUGUGGCAAUUGCAAUUGACACUAGUCGAAGAAUCACCCAAUGACGAGUAUUACGUGAAGUGUAUCCUCAAAAAUUUGACCAGAAUCGAAGGUUACGUUGAGAUUGCUUUUGUCAAGUUUGACGAUAGUCACAGCGAGCUGGUGGGUUUUCACAAUCUGUUUGUCUUUAAGAAUACGUACACCUCAACUGCAGGAGUUCAAUUACACGCAGAUAGAUUCAUGGUAAAGGACUACUGUAGAUACAGACAGGUCUUUAUACCCCAGUAUUUGGAGAUCCCUUUUUUGUUCCACGAUUGGGAUUAUCGACCAGCCAAGUUCCACUCAAGCGACGAUGAAGACAGUGAUUCAGAGACUCUGGCCCAGAGAGUGGAUGCUGUCAAUGCUUUUGAGACGCUUAUAGAUAACAAGGAGUUUAGUGAUUUUGAGAUACAUGUUGACGGUAAAACGCUUUAUGCACACAAAUGCAUUUUAGCAGUGAAGAGUCCGGUAUUGGCAAGUAUGUUCAACAAUGACAUGAUGGAGAAGGUAACUAGUUCGAUGAUCGUCAAGGAUAUCAAGUAUGAGAUUUUACAGGAAAUGUUGCGGUUCAUGUACACCGGGAGGGUGAGACAUUUUAAUAAAAUUGCUGCCGAUCUUUUGUACGUGGCUGAGAAAUAUCAAAUUGAAAAGUUGAAAAUAUUGUGCGUUGAGAAACUUAUCAAAAACAUGAGUGCCGACAACGUCAUCGGACACAUACAUCUAGCUGAUAGUUAUAACAAUGACAAGUUGAAGAGUAAAGCCGUUGAGUUCGUUGUAAAUAAUGUGAAAGAAGUUGUUGAAAAGCCGGAAUUUCAACAAUUGGCUGCACAGAUUCCGAUAUUUUUUGAAAUUUUCAAGGCAGUUGCUCUAAAGAAAUGACAAAAAACU